UUCUUUGACAAGACGGAGCCAUGGAAUUAGCAAGAUAUUCUAGAGGUAGACGUCUUCUUGGUCACCUUUCAUAACAGCUCUCAUUAACUAUUUCCAUUAUUGGGAUACACAGUUAUUACCCCUUGGUAACACUCACGAGUGUUAAAUCGUCCGUGAAAACCUGUUAACGUCCGCGGCUUUCCGUGCUGUACUAUCUUGCCAUUUAAGCUAGCUGGCUCGCUAGCUAGCUCGGCUCGACGACAUGACAGGCUGUCGCACGUCUCAAGGCGCUGGAACGCGCCGCUCCGAUUUGUAAAGUGACUUGGCCAGCGGCGACUUUACAUUUCCCCGGUCCGCCUUUCACAGCCUGGCUUCGUUACGCGGUUACUUACCCCGAGAUAGUUUGCUCGCUAGCGCCGCACCAUUUGUUAGCAAGCGAUUUAGCAAUCCUCGGCAUCUCGCAGCCAAGUAACGCAAGAUUGGCAGAGCACCGCGCUCAUCGCGACGACUAAAAAUAUACUUUUCUUCCUUUCUCAGCGCCCCACCAAACGCGGGGAGCAAGUCCAUACUAGGUUUUGUUUCUAAGACCUCGAUUGUUGCCUUGGUUGGAAUCAUCCCAUGCUACAUGGUUGUUAGAGUGAGUUUAGGACCGUCGGUUGAGCAAGUCCGAAAGCCCAAGUUGUGAACCUCGAUCACUUUAUAAAUAUACCGGCUGGCUUCAAGUCAACCGCCCGACUGAACACGCUUUCCACCCUGUAAGCUUGGAGGCGGAAUAUCAGUCUGCGCCCAUGGCCUGAUUCUUCCCAAGAGAAGCACAAACCUUGGGGGGAACUUCAGCCAGCGCCAGUUCGACACUACAAGUUAAUUCGCGAAGGUUAAAAACAAAGGCCGCUUGUUUUGAUUGUCAGACGUCUGAGAUCGGCCAGACAGGCUCAUCCAUAAAGAGUGGAGUACCACCAUGUCGGAGGAUAACAACGCAGACAAGUUCAUCAAGGAGACAUCCAUCCUAGAGGAGUACAACAUCAACUGGACCCAGAAGCUGGGAGCUGGCAUCAGUGGACCUGUAAGAGUAUGUGUGAAGAAGUCGUCUCAGGAACGCCUAGCGCUAAAGAUCCUUAUUGAUCGCCCCAAGGCCAGAAAUGAGGUUCGUCUCCAUAUGAUGUGCGCCACCCAUCCAAACAUAGUUCAAAUCUUGGAAGUAUACGCCAAUAGUGUCCAGUUCCCCCAUGAGUCCAGUCCAAGAGCGAGGCUGCUGAUUGUCAUGGAGAUGAUGGAGGGGGGGGAGCUGUUCCACAGAAUCAGUCAGCACAGACAUUUCACCGAAAAGAUGGCCAGCCAGGUCACCAAGCAGAUCAGUCAAGCCUUGGAACACUGUCACUCCCUGAAUAUUGCACAUCGAGACUUGAAGCCAGAGAACCUGCUUUUCAAGGAUAACUCUCUGGAUGCCCCUGUGAAGUUGUGUGAUUUUGGCUUUGCCAAAAUUGACCAGGGAGACUUGAUGACCCCUCAGUUCACUCCUUACUACGUAGCACCUCAGGUACUUGAGGCUCAAAGAAGACACCAGAAGGAAAAGUCUGGAAUCAUACCUACCUCACCCACCCCCUAUACAUAUAACAAGAGCUGUGACUUGUGGUCUCUGGGUGUGAUCAUCUAUGUGAUGCUGUGUGGCUAUCCUCCGUUCUAUUCCAAGCACCAUAGCCGCACUAUCCCCAAGGACAUGAGGAAGAAGAUCAUGACGGGCAGUUUCGACUUCCCGGAAGACGAGUGGAGCCAGAUCUCUGAGAUGGCCAAGGACAUUGUACGCAAGCUGCUGAAGGUGAAGCCAGAGGAGAGGCUGACUAUUGAGGGAGUACUCGCUCACCCUUGGCUCAACUGUACCGAGGCCCUGGAUAACGUGCUGCCCUCUGCUCAGAUGAUGAUGGACAAGGCGGUAGUAGCAGGUAUCCAGCAGGCCCAUGCAGAGCAGUUGGCUAACAUGAGAAUCCAGGAUCUGAAUGUCAGCCUGAAGCCCCUAAACUCUGUCAACAACCCAAUUCUCAGGAAGCGGAAACUUCUAGGCCCCAAACCCAGUGAUGGAUUCUUCAUCCAUGACCCAGAGAACGGAGGGGACGACUCCAACGUAGCACUGGAAAAAUUGCGAGAUGUCAUCGCUCAGUGUAUACUACCACAGGCUGGUGAAAAUGAGGAUGAGAAACUGAACGAGGUGAUGCAUGAAGCCUGGCGGUUCAACAGGGACUGUAAACUACUGAGAGAUGGGCUACAAGGGCUCAGCUGGGAUGGGCGAGCCUUUUCUGACAAAGUAGACCGCUUAAAGUUGGCUGAGAUAGUGAAGCAGGCCAUUGAAGAGAAGACAAAUCUCCAAGAGUCUCAUUAGCAAUGCUGGUUCUUUAACUCCUUUUUAUAUUGUCUAUUGUGACCCUUUUUAAGAUAAUAACUGUAAAGAGGCUUUUUUUUCUAAUGUAAUAUGAUGCGGUAAUUUUUGUUUUUUUCAUAAAAUUCACUUGCAAGACCUAUUGUACAGCUGUAGAUAUAUUUCAAAGAGAUAGCAUUGGUACUAUGAUUUUUUUUUAUGAACAACUGCAAAGAACACAGAAAAAAAUCUAUAUUUUUGUUUUUUGCAAAAAAGAGGAGAAAACUGACUGAAAGAAAUUAUUUUCUAGGAGGGAAUUUUUUUCUAGCUGCUUGUCCAAGACGUCAUGUGACAUCCCACUAAUUUUAUUCCAUUUUAUUUUAUUUCUCUUUUAACCAUCCUAAGUAUUCUAUUUAUUUAAUGAAAAAAAUUCCAUUAUUUUGUACCUAUUUUGUAGCCUGACGACAGGCUCUAAAGUUGAGAGGCAACGUCUACAAUGUGACUUGUGUUCGUCCAUACAGACUCUGCACACCGGGCUGCGUUUCAGUCGUCUCAUUUCAGUUGGAGAAUCCUUUUCUUCUCUGGAGCUUUCCCUCAACAUCUAAAGCGAGUGUGAUGGGGUCAAGGGAAAGUGCCAAGGGAUGGAUAAACAGGUUACAUUUCUUAAACAACCCAAACGCAGCCCCAAUUUCCUCCUUUUGCGCCAACCCCCUUUGUGUGGACUGGUAACCAAAAGGCACGUUAAUCCAAGAGCAGAAAGACUUCAACCAGUAUGGCUGUUUUUCUUCCUGGCUGAGUUAAAACUUGAUAUAUUUCAGGGUUAUUUCAGAUCUCAUGUAUGCAUGCUCCUGUUUUUUCAUGGGCCGGAAGAGGAGCCUGGGAUUACUUUACAAACUCAUAAGUGUUUGAGGGAUACAAAGAGGAUGCAAAAAUAGUCUGGCCAAAAAAAAAUGAGUUGAACACAUUUCAAAUGGUUAAAAAAAAAGGCAGGUACUUUGUUUAGUUUCUAUUUCACCACUUUUGGAAUUUUCCUGAAUUCCUGGCAGCCUAAAUUGAGGGCACCUGGAUUAGUUCAAAUAUUUGCAAGUGUUUAAGACUCCCCCCCCCCCAGUUCUGAUGUGAUGCAGAAAGGUCUUAUGUUAGUCCUGUUGUAUGGCAUUGAUGACCUGUGAAAUGGCUGGGCUUGCUACUCUGAGAUGAAGUUGCAGCUGCAGAACUGUAAUUAAGACCUGGGCCAAUUUAUUCACCAAUACCCUUUCAUUCACUUCAAGGGAUUUCUGUACUUUGUCUUGCAUGCAAGACCAAAACAUACAGAUGGGCAGAGAGGUGAAAUAUCGAGCUGGGGUAAAGCAGAAGUAGGGAACAUUCUUGUACACUCCUUGCAGUGGACAUUGCUUAUUGAUAAUUUGUUGUUGCAAUUUGAACAAGACAAGUUUUAGCUUUUGCUUUUGCUGGCAGCCUGUUUUUAAUCUAAGAAAUAUUGGCAGUUAUGUUUCAAACUGCUCAAAGUCCUGUAUUUCUAGUCAAGCUGUUUUUUCUUCAAAUUUUGCUGUUAAUCAACUGCAAAGUAUUCUUGACAGUUUAGCAAAUUUGACAAACCAGCAAAAACACAAAAUUGCAUGUUUUUGCAAAUUAUUUUUUAGGGGGGGUGGCCGUCCGACUAACUCCAGUGUAGAAAAUUCAGACCCUACAGAGUAAAAUGUUAUUAAAUGAUAAUAAUUCAGACCCUACAGAGUGACAUUUUAUUAAAUGAUAGUAAUUCAGACCCUACAGAGUAACAUUUUAUUAAAUGAUAGUAAUUUGGCAUCGGGUCAGCGGGAAAUGCAGGAAUACAACUUGCUGUACUACAGAAAGUGCAAAAGUUUACUCACAUUUUAUUCACAGUGCAUGCAUGUGCACAUGCCUUGUCAGUAUUAUUGGCUAACAGACCUACCCUUCUUUUCAACAGAUGCAACCAAAGAAAGGUCUCUCACCGAAAAAUAGCAAAGGCCCCAAUCUAUUUCUCUGGCCCAGAAGUUAGUAAUUAUUUUAAUGUUACUGGUUAGCCACAGCACACUUACCGCUGCACUAUUUCGCUUUAGUUAUGUCAAAUAUGUUAUUUCUUUAAAUAGGGGUUGAAACAAGGGAUAAUGUCUUCAUUGCUUGAAUGGGGUUGUGUUGAAUCAUUAGUACUCACAACACAAAAAUGGCAAAGAGGGUGCAUGUCCUCUCCAACUGCACCCAACGACUAUUACUUUAUGGACUAAUGUUUCUUCUAAAAUCCUUCCUAGAAGUGUUUUUUGAAGUCGUAGCCUUUCUGCAAGAAGGAGAAACAACUUUGUUAUAUUUCUCUGAACCUUUUCUGAUGCUGAGAUAAAUGCGUUGACCCAUGUGAUCUUUGGCCUUGAUGGAAAAGUGUGUCCUUUCUGAUUGAAAUUGACAAAGGUUGGUGCAAUAUGUGAACUUUUCUUUUUUUUUUCUUUCUGAAAAGUAACUGACAUCAGGAACAAAGAGCAAGCCUUUGUAUUUCUCUAUUUACAGGGAAUAGUCAAAAAACACCAGUAUUAACAUUUUCCUCUGUUGAAGAUUUUGGUCCACUCAGCUCCAAGGGGAAGAGGCAAAUGUUAAUCAAUACCAAUUUGAUUCCAGCAUCAUCUGAGUCAUCUGUCUUUAUGAUGGCAUGCCUGGAUCUCCCAUAAAUCCUCAAUUAAACUCAUAUCUGUUUUUUUUUUUAGAAGGCCAGAAUAUAAUGGCUACUAGGUGACCUAAUGUGCCUUUUUGGGGGCAGUGUGAAUGUAAAAUGCACUGCUCCCAUCUGUAGAAAAGAUUUUUAAGAUGAAGAUCACUCAUUCAGUCAUUUUGAAUAACCGCUGACUAGUAAACCUGCUGGAGAUGAUUGCAUUGAUUCCAUGUCAGGAAAUAUUAGCGGUGUAUCGGCAGAACCUGUCACUACUAUGGAUCUUAAUGCUGGUGUUUAUUUGUACUUUGACCAUUCUCUGUAAUGUUUGUACUGUAUGUGUGUGUGUUAGUGUGUAACUACUCUUAUGUAUGCGUGUAUGGGUUAAUGGUGCCGGGGGUUCUGCGUGACAAAGAAAGCAUGGCAUUUCUUAUGUAUUUUUGGAGGCCUGUCGGUGAAUCAGAGCUGCUUCCUUUAUCCCUUUCCCAAAACAAAGAACCAAGAGGACAUUGUGUUCAGUCCAGUUUUGUACUGUCAAAAUCCCAGGGGGUUAUUAAUUAGAAAAUGCUCCCUGUGUCCUUGCUGUAGUUGCUGGUUGGUUGCUCUCGCAGGAUACUUGACUGAUAUUCAUGCUGCUCUCCUCAGUCUGCCCUGGGUAGAAAGAAAAGGUGGCUGUACUUACCAGAGCUCUCACACCAAAAGAUGCUGAUCCAAGACAGUCUCAUUUACUUUUGUAAAACCAUCUUAAACUGAUCCGAAAGGCAGAACUGCUGCACAGUUGAGCAGACCCACUCUCGAGCCCUGACUCAUCUCAGCUCUCAGGCUGUUUGGUGUCCCAUCGCUUCACCGUCUGCAUGAGCAACAUAGGAAGAGGUUGAGCUUCAUUCAGAGUUCCACUUGUUUCUCUUGCAGCAGGCAUCAAACAAGGGAAGAAAAUACAAGGAAGCAUGCGUUUAGCCUGGAGCCGGGUUCGUCGAGCAGUAAGGGAGAUCAGACCUUCCAGAUUUCGCCACUACUCAGAUCUUGUUUUUCCUCCCUGGUUUGGCAGUUAUGUAGCAUGUACCUGAGCCCCAUCAUGAAAAGACUCGCUGUACUUCCAACAAUGUAUCUCUGUCUUAUUUGCCCUUUCUGCCUUCUUAGGAAUGUCAUCAACAUGCUGACUUUGUAAUAAAAAGAAUUCUUUGAUUUUCAA